AUGGCAUCCUGUCCCAAGAUUAUCAGUAACAGUAAUCCUCGCCAUAACCAUGAGCUUACUUUGUGUGAAGGUCUUUACCCUUACAACUGCGAUGGAUGCAAAGAAAAUGGCGCCAAUAUUGGCUACCGCUGCAGCUCCUGCCAAAACUUCACACUGCACGAAGUAUGUGGGGUUUAUCCAGACGUUUUUGUUCAUCCCUUUUAUCCCACAUAUGAGUUCAAAUUCAGGCAAAAGACCCGUUUGAAUCAUGAGUGCUAUGCCUGUGGAAAGGAACUAGGAGGAUUUGUGUAUGAAGCGCCUACAGGUAAUUUACUGAGGCCUUUGAGGCUUCAUCCUCUCUGCGUUGCGCUCCCCGCCUGUCUCGAGUAUGCCGUCCAUAAGGAACAUCCUGUCAAGCUUAUUAUGGGGACAGGAGGGAUUUUUACUUGUAGCAGGUGUCACAAGAACAAAUCAGGGUGGAGUUACAGGUGUGAGAACAUUGCGUGCAGGUUUCGAGUGGAUUUGGGGUGUGUCAAGGAUGAUAUUGAUGUUCUCGGAGCUUGGUAUCGCAACCAUGAAACUUGGCAGAGGCCCAAGAUAAUUUCCUGGGAGAUGUAG